AUGCAUGGGGAUAAGUCACUCCUGUUUGCAGAAGAUUUUUAUGAAAAUAUGCCAAACCUCCAAGUUAUAGCGUAUUAUCACAUGCAUUAUCCAUUACUUCCAAGAUCUCUUGAAUGCUCUACCAACCUGACAACACUUUGUCUCCAUGAAUGCAAAUCAAUGUUUGAUUGGUCUUUAGUUGGAUAUCUUGAGAAUUUGGAAGUGCUGAGCUUUGCGCAUUGUGCAAUCCGCAAGUUACCGGCUGCGAUAGCAAAUCUGAGAAAGCUAAAACUACUAGAUUUGACAGGUUGUGUUGACCUUCAUAUUGAUGAUGGUGUCUUCAGAAACUUAUCAAGUCUUGAAGAGCUUUAUAUGAGAGUUUCUGAAGGGAAAGGUGUGAGAUUCACAAAUGCUAGUUUUGAAGAACUAAAGAUGCUUUCAAGCCAACUUUGUGCAUUAGAGAUCGAGUUCGUUGACAAGAACACCUGGCCAGAAAACUUUUCCUUUAAGAAACUUGACAAGUUCAAGAUAUCUAUAGGUUGUCUAUUGGAAGAAAAAAAGUACAAUGAAAAAUAUUCUUUUGAGAAAACAUUGAAACUUGUGACCGAGUGUAGCAGCGACCUUCUAGCUUGCAAAAUUAACGAGAUGUUCACAAUAACAGAGCAUGUUCAUUUACAAGUAAAUGAUAUGAUUGGUCUUGAAGAUAUUUCAAUCCGUCCAUCUUCAUUUUGCUCUUUAAUGGAGCUUGAGAUUUCUAGUUGUGUAAACUUGAUAUACCUCUUCCCAACGUCGGUGGCAAGGGGUUUGAAGAAACUUGAACGCCUCACAGUUUUGUCAUGCUCUGUUUUGAAAGCGCUGGUAAAAGAUGAUGGAAGGGAGAUUAACAGUGUAGGUGAGAUGAUUAAAUUCGAAAAGCUAAAGUUUUUGUCUUUGAGAGAGCUACCAAAACUAGAAAUAUUGUUCAGCACUGAGAAUGUAGUUGAGCUACCGCAACUGGUUGAAUUGGGAGCUGAUGGGCUUCCCAACUUCACUAGCAUAUAUCCUGACAACAACAAUAGUUGUGCACUCUUGAAUAGUCAGGUUAGAAUUUCAAAGUUGGAGAGACUGAAAAUUACUUCUGUGGAGAAUUUGAAGCAGAUAUGGGGUGUUUCUAGUGAGGAGGAUGAUAAUAAUAAUAUCUCCACGUUGAGAGAGAUUAGGGUGGAGAGGUGUGAUAGUCUUGUGAAUCUGUUUCCAACUAAUCCAAUGCGAUUACUGGAUCGUUUAGAAGAACUUGAAGUUAGCCGAUGUAGGUCCAUUGAAGUGAUAUUCAACAUAGACCUAGAAUGUGAUGGCCUAGGUGAACUAGUUACCAACAGCAGUUUGAGAGCCAUUUUGGUGAUUGGUUCUAAUAAGGAUUUGUGGAGGGAAGAGAGAGAUAAUCGUAUUUCAACUGUUGCAUUCCCAUCCAAUAUCAUACACUCUUUCCAUUCCCUUCAAGAACUUGUUAUACGUAAUUAUGGUAGUGUGGAUGCGGUGUUUGAGAUGGAGAGUAGUCCUGCAGGUGGCAGAGAACUGGUAACAACUACAAAUAAUCAACAACCACUACUACCCAAUCUCCAAAAGUUAACACUACUCUCAAUUCAUAGCAUUAGUCAUGUGUGGAAGUGCAGCAACUGGAAAAGAAUUUUAAUUCUUCAAAAACAAUCCUCAUUCCAAAACCUCACGACCAUACUAAUAUGGCAUUGCGAUAGGAUUAAAUACUUGUUUUCACCUCUCAUGGCGAAACUUCUUUUGAACCUAAAGAAAAUUAGGAUAGACCGGUGUGAAGGUAUUGAAGAAGUUGUUUCAAACAGAGAUGAUAAAGAUGAAGCAAUGACUACUACAUAUACAACAACCACUUUCUUCCCUCAUCUUCAUUCUCUCUCUUUUGAAAGGCUGAAAAAUCUAAAGCGUAUUGGUGGUGGUCUCAGUGCCAAGUCUUCAACUGGUAUCACCACUCAUGAUCAAUUUGAGUUUUAA